ACAUUUAUUUUCAUAAAAGUCAUUUUAUCUCACUUAGAAAGUUCAGUUCAAAUGUAAAAUGCCCAUGCAGCCUUGAGCGUAAGUUCCUGUAUAUAGCUCCGUGUUCGAACUGGUGCAGUUUCCUCGGCUUCCAGGAGGAAGAGAAAAGUUCUUGGUAACCUUAUGUUACUCCAGAUAGUAAAUUCUGCAGUCGCUACAUCAAUGCUGCAAGGGAAAAUACUUUUCAAUGGCUUGCUUCUGUCCUAGCACCUCUGAAACAGUUUUAGCCGUGAUCUUUUCAAAGCUACACCAGGGGAUUUCCACUCCCUUGCUGUUUUAAAAUGCUCGUACUGUUGUUUUAACCACAAAGCUCAGACUCGUGCGCACUCUCUCACUCUCUCUCUGUCUCUCUCUCUCUCAUUUUCUCCCCAUUGAGGAUCAGCUACAGUUUCCAGGUACAGUCCUACCAAAACGCAUCUUGUUAAUGAGGGCAGGAAUUUAAUACUGUUAUAACCUUUUGUCAUCCUUAAGUGGCUCUUCAGGUACUAGCUGUUGCAGGGGGAUGUGUGGGUGCUGUGUGGCUGCAUUAGGAGGAGGCUUCAGAGUCUGAAAGAUCUCAGGAACGGCGCUCACCCGCCACACCGGCACUGUCGCGCUGAGUGCCGGGCUGUAACGGCGGUGAGACUUGCUGGCUGCCUUCCUGCAUGAAUUUCUGCUGGUGCUCAGGAAGACGGUAAAACAUCCAUGUGUUGAUGCAGAAAUGAAUGUCAAAUGAAAGAAUUGCUCAGUUCUGCAGCAUGGUAGUCUGAUAGAGAACGACCUGUACAAUAUUUUCUUGAGGACUACCAGGGUUUACUGGCUUGAAAUGCAGCCAUUGGGGGGGGAAAAAAAGUGUGUUGUGUUCUGUUUUGUUUUAAUAUCUAGGUUAUAGGGUAGUUUCAUUGAUUUCUUCUUCUUUUUAAUGACUUUUGAAUGCAACCUCCAGCAGUGUUAGGAAGAAAAUUAAUUCCCAGCUGUGAAUGGGAUUAUUUUAGGACAAAAGUCCUUAUUACUGUAACAUAACAUUGUGUUGGUUAGAUGUAGAGAGAUUUAUUGAUGAUAUAAAAUUAAUGAAUGAGUGAUUAGGAAGUCCAGGGAAAAUAGCAAAUAAGCAAGCUGGCCUUAAAAUCAAAGCUACUUCAGCACCCAAUAUGGUUUGUUAGUUGUAUGAGUGUAUUUUUAAUUUUUAAAGUGCUAUCUGUGUUGUAAUCUAUGCCUUAAAAAUAAUGAAGUCAAGUUUUUUUGUUUUUUUUUUUUUUGUAAUGCUUUGGGAUUUACUGUAAUGCUUAAGAAAACCAUACUGCCUUACUCCGCUUAGUGAAAAUUUGCCUUUGGAGAUUAGCAAAUUGAUGCUUGCUUAGUAAAGUUUUAUUGUGCCUUUAGAAUAAGGUAAUACUGGAAUUUGAAUGGGAUAGUAUUGCCUAAAUACAAAUGAAAUCAAAUUUGAUUCUGCUGCCCUCUACAGCAACAAGCUCUAUGGGGCCACAGGCACAUAUCCGAUAGGAAAUGGUUGCUGUUGGAAGUACUCUUUUGUGGAUACCAGUUGGUCACUGCACUGUGAUUUUUAAGCAAUUAGGACAAUAGCAGGAUAGCUUUUGGGGUUGAUUUGCUGCCAGGUGAAGAAGGAGUGAGCCCUGUUUAUCAGUGGUGAGUCUGUGCUGGAUCCUUUUCCCCCGUGACCUCAGGGCUGAGAGGCCACAAGUGGUGCAGCCAGGCUCCUUCUCCCUGCAGGGACUCUGCAAGCGCGUUUUGUUAUCAGCGGUCCAGAUACUGUAACUCUUCCUGGGUUAGGAGGGACAAGGAUGAUUCAGCAGUGAUGUCAGGUGGCAUCAUCUGCUUUUCUUUCUGUGGUUCAAUAUAAUCUGCUGUACCUUCAAUCAGUAUGUAUUUUAAACGUGAGUAGACAUUAAUGGUAGUCCUUUAGCAGACUGUUACCUGUUCAGAUGUGUACAUUAAGAGUUGGGGCAUAUCUUUGUUGUCUCCGGUUUUUGUGGAGAAGCCUUCUAUUACUAGUAAAUCAUAUAACUUGGUUAUUUUAAUUCAAAAGUACAAGAGGCAGCUAAUCUACCUAGUUUAUAAGGCAGCUUGGGGAGGGUCAUUUUAAUGCAAGGUAUGUUCCCCUCUAUAAUUUCUUUGUCAGCUCCCAAUGAAGUGAAUUGAUCUUAAACCUCUAAAGUGUAUUGAUUUUUACAAAACUUUCCCUGUCAUGACUAAGGCAGGCUUCCAGUUCUGGUAGGCUGUAUAAAGUAGAUAAUCUUCAGAGAGAGGGACAGGGCAUCCUCUAAGACCUGUCCCUAGCAAGCAUCUUGGGGCAAAGGAAUAGAGCUGAACUAGAGCUAGAGUGUAGGAAUACAGGUGUAUAACUUCUUUUCUUGCCCUAUUAUAUGUAUUUCAUGGAAGCAUGGUAAGUAAGGAAGUGAUCACGGUGUUUUUUACUGAGCAGUGUCCCAACUCUGGAGCAUAGCUGAGCAUUAUCCUCCUUUACACAGUGAACCUGACUGAGACUGUACUCUCAGCUGGUAGCACCUCUUACUUGCUAGCCAGCAGGGCCAAGCAUCCUGUUUUCUUGUCCAAGCUUAAUGACCAAACCUGUGAUAACAAUUCACAUACUUGCCCUUCUCCGUCUGCAAGGCAUGGUGGCAUUUGGUGCCUGUGCCUUGGGUCUACAAGUCUGGACAUUUCGGUGCAACAGCCAGCUGUGGUGGCUGAUGUGCUCGUAGCUUGUGUGGCAAUGCGAUAACCUCUCUUGGGAACUUACUCUCACGUGAGAGAAAACAGGAAAAACAUACUUUCUUAAAAAAGAACUACGGCGUUACAGGGGCGUUUUUCUCUGUGUGCAGUAGGUACAUGACUAAAAAAAUGUUAAUCUCUCGGUGAUAGUUCAAUAUCAGUGCUGCACACUGUGUCUUCUCCUUUCUGACUGUGACGUGGACAGGCAGCAUCACUGCUGGGGGGAACUGCUUUAAUGUGGGUUUAGAAAUGUUAAUAUAAUUACCAUAUGAUAGGAAGUCAUCCCCAUGUUGAUUUUUCUUCUUUUGUUCUGUGUGUCUUACUCCUUUUCUGAACAGCAAGAUAUGCCAAGUGUGGACCAUUUUUCCAGAAAUGCUUGGCCUUCAUCUGGUGUGGUGGUAGUUAAAACUGGAUAGCCCCCAAUUAAGAAAUCGUAUUUGUGUUAUGAAAUUUCUCCAUCUUGGAUCAUUUCCAGUGAGAUUAAUGCAUCCACAUGCAACACAGUUACAUAUAGAAGUUGUUCCAGAAGCGUUUUACGUAUUCUGCUGUCCGUGUAGGUAGGGCUGGGAUGCUGAAACGACAUGGGGACAUGGCAGCGAGCUCUUUGUGCUGUGCUGCCAUUCAGCUCCCACCCUUUGGUACCUCUUUGCAGGACUUCAGCUUGGCUUCAGGUGAUUCAAACCGCUUCUCUAAUGUGGGGUCAAAGUUAAUUUUGUUCAUUUUGUUGUAUGGAGAUCUAAUUUUGACAUGUAGUUUUUCAGUGCCUAUAGAUUGUUUCAUUUUUUGGGGUGCUUUUGGAGUGGGGUCGCUUUGUCGUGCGUGGCUGCUUCAAGAGCAUCGCCAUGCAGCACGGGCCCACCAGCGCUGCGUAUUUUCAAACGACAUUGCACUUCACACACAUGCUAGAAAAACUCGCCGCAUAUGCAAAGAGAGGAUGCCUUCGCUUUGUUCGCGGCCGUGAGCAGGCAGAAGUGAAAGCACACCUCAGCUCCAGCGUGGGCCGGGCACUGGCGCAAGCAGGAAGUUGAUUCAGUCAACCAGCGGCGGGCGCACACGCGCAAAAUGUGCUUUUUCCCCUGAUGGUUUCCCACUGGUUUCAGCUCAAAGAGAACAGGCGCAGGCUGGGAGGGGAAGAAGGGCUUCUACAGCCAGCCCGGAGCUGCUGUGGUGGCGGUGGGGAUGCAUCACGCUGAGCAUUGGCUGGUGGUGGGUGUGUCACCCAGGCAUCACCUCAGCCUUCCUCGGGGCUCGCCUAGGCCAGUGGGCCUGGCUUUGGCACGUGGCAAAAAGUGCCCCUUUUCUGAGUUAUGCCCAACAUUGCUCAGUCCCAGCCCUGUGGAAGAGCCGAUCCUGGGCUGAAGGAUUGUGCUAGGAAAUGUCAGGAAGAUGCUGGGCCAUCGAGGGGCUGAGGCCACCCUGGGGUCCUUAGUGGAGCCAAUGCAUGUCGUAUGGCCCGUUUUCACACAAAAGUGCCCCACAUGGCCCAUUUUCUCACAAAAAUGCCCCGCAUGGCCUGUUUCCUCACAAAAAUGCUCCAUGUGGCCUGUUUCCUCACAGAAACACCUCCUGUGGCCUGUUCCCUCAUAAAAAUGGCCACCAACCCUACAGCAGUCAUAAAACAGCUGGCAGCGAUGGUAAAUGUCCUGAGUUGUCUGGGUGUGGAUGGGUCUUGGGGCAGACCCUUAAAGGCAAAAGUUGAUAAUUGUGGAUUUUUAUUUUUGGUGUGAUUUUUACACAGUGCAGCAUCAACUUGCUAAAUCCGUAACACCGGACAAUGCGAGUCCUGGCGUGUGAUAGGACUGGAGAAAUUGGGUGUUACUUAAAUGGGAAGGAGCAUUUCUAACCAAGAGGAGGGAAAUAUGUUUUGGGGUUCCCGCUGAGCAGUGUGUUCAUAGCAGAUUUGUCUGCAGAUGGCUCAUGCUGUGCAGGUCACUGUGGCCAUCACUCACCUGCCAUGGAAGUCCCCUGCCGCUGGGCUGAGGCACGAGGCUGGUAAGCCCUUUGGGCUGCCUCUUUGGGUCCCCGCUGGGCAUGAGGAAAAUCAAAUCACUCCUUAGUAAGCACCAGAGGAAUGGAAACCCUGUUUUCAGAAGAGGAAGGGUCAGGUGACAUGAUCAGUGGUGACUGACAAGCUUGACAUCCUGUCCUGUAGGUUAGUGGGUGGGCACCCCACGGAGCCUACAAGGAGAUUCAGCUCUCUACCUUCAGGAUCUCCUUGCCCAGAGUGGGAUUUCGAAGCAGCAAAGAAAAUGCACAUUGCUUUCUGAACCCCAGGAGAUUCUUGAGCUCCAUGCUAGACUACACUCAUUGCUGCUUUCUUAGGCCAGCAGCCCACAGCCAAACGCGGCGUGCCAGUGCAUCAGCACUUGGCGUGUUGCCUCAUGCCAGCUGUGGGGUUGCUGAUGGUGAUGUGCCAGCCCUGCUUCCCCGCUAAAGCAGCAUGCACCCUCUGUGACCUUGCGGGAGCUGAGUCAGACCUCUCGGGGAGAUGCUGCUGCCAGUAAAAGUGACUCAGGUGACUGACAGGGAGGGUGAUGUGCCCGCAGGGAAGCAGUCUGCUGAAGUGCGGCCGCAAAAUCGAGCACCUCCCUGUGAAGCGUCCUGAGAGCCAAAGUUCUGUUGCAGGGUGCCUCAGAGUUAACGCAAAUAAAAAGCUUCUGCAUCGCUAUAACCCUACAGGCAGUGCUUUAGAUGGAGGGCAGGAUUAAUAUAGCCGAGAACUUGCACGUAAUUAAGUAAAAUUUUGAAAAAAUAGGAGUAUAGUCUACUGCUAUGAGUGAUCAACUGGAAAAAGAAAGAUGUCAAGUUAAGAGGCUUUGACUCCUAUAACACCUAAACUGAAGUGCAGCUUCCAUGGCCUGUGACGAACUCACUGGUCUCUCAGGCAUCUUCACACGCCAGAACUCUGCCAGUGCUGUUUCUCUGGACUUCGAACCUGAUGCUGACUACAAGUUUGUGGAAACCUUAGAGGACCGGUACAAGUGUGCCUACUGCCACCUAGUCCUUCACAAUCCCCACCAGACAGGAUGUGGUCACCGAUUUUGCCAGCAGUGCAUUCUUACUUUGCGAGAAUUGAAUGCAGUACCCACCUGUCCUGUCGACAAAGAAACAAUAAAAAUGCACGAGGUAUUCAAAGACAACUGUUGUAAAAGAGAAGUUCUGAACUUGCAUGUGUUCUGCAAAAACUUUCCUGACUGCAAUUCGAAAAUAAUUCUGGGGCGAUAUCAGGAGCAUCUUCAGCAGUGUUUGUUUGAAAGCCUGCAGUGCACUAACGAUGGAUGUUGUGAUCAAAUCCUUCGGAAAGAUUUGAAAGAUCACUUGAGUCAGCACUGUAAAUUUCGAGAAGAAAUGUGUCAGUACUGUAAUAAAUAUGUGAUGCUAAUUAAUAUAAAGAAUCACGAGAAAGAUGACUGUCCUGAUUAUCCCGUGCCUUGUCUCCAAAACUGCUCACAAAUAAUUCUGAAAAAGGAGGUUGAGAAGCAUCACGCUGUGUGUCCUGAGACUGAAGUGGACUGCCCGUAUAAGCAGUAUGGCUGUCUUAUAAAGGUUAAAAGAGGGAAACUUGCUGAACAUGAAAAUGGUGCCCUGAGGGAACACAUGCUGCAGAUUUUAGACAAGAACUCUAGAUUGGAAGAACAGAUAUCUGACCUGUACAAGAGCCUGGAAUCUAAAGAGAUUAAAAUCCAGCAGCUAGCAGAGGCUGUUAAAAAGUGUGAGAAAGAAUUCAGACAGUUUACACAGCUGUUCGGUAAAAAUAGCAACUUGAUGGUAAGCACGCAGGCUCUUGCCAGUCACCUGGAUAAAUCUGCACGUCUGGAAUCGCAGGUGAAACAGUUAAUACAGAUAGCAAACCAGCAGCAAAGUAAAUUAGACUUGCGACCCCUGUUUGACACAAUUGAAAAUGUAAAACAGAAGAUUGCCCUUAUGGAGUCAUACGAUCAGCGCUUAGUUGUUUUGGAAGGUCAGUCCAGCAAACAUGAUCUCCAAAUCAAUAUUCACAAAGCACAGCUCAAUAAAAAUGAAGAACGAUUUAAGCUUUUGGAAGGCACGUGCUACAGUGGGAAAUUAAUUUGGAAAAUCACGGACUAUAAGAUGAAGAAAAAAGAAGCAGUGGAAGGCCGUGUGCUCUCUAUAUUCAGCCAGCCUUUUUACACCAGCCGCUGUGGGUACAGGUUAUGUGCGAGAGCAUAUCUGAAUGGGGAUGGCUCAGGCAAGGGAACACACGUCUCGCUUUACUUUGUAGUCAUGAGAGGCGAGUUUGACUCACUGUUACCUUGGCCUUUCAAGCAAAAAGUUACGCUUAUGCUGUUGGACCAAAGUGGGAAAAAAAAUCACAUUGUGGAAAUCUUUAGAGCUGACCCCAACAGCAGCAGCUUCAAAAGGCCGGAUGGAGAAAUGAAUAUUGCCUCUGGAUGUCCGCGCUUUGUGCCGCACACGGUUCUGGAGAACACAAAGAAUACCUAUCUUAGAGAUGACACGCUGUUCUUGAAAGUAGUUGUGGAUUUAACUGAUCUGGAGGAAUUGUGAAAAAAGCACC